AUGACGUCUCGACCGCACGAAGGCACUGCUCCCACUCAUCGUGCUUCGCACUCACCAACCUCUUCGUUUGGAGCGGAGCGCGGCAACUAUGGGAUGGGAACCAGAGAACAACGCGGAAUCGAUCCGAUCCAGGCAUUGCAGUCGCAUCGCGCCACGUCAGCCACAGCGAUUCCUCGACACAACAGCCUCUCACCAACACCAGCCGCUUCCCAGGCUGGCUUUGGCAGUCGUCAUAGCUCUUUCGGCGUUUCAACAGGUUCGGCCUUUCCAGCCAGCCCCAGUCAAUCCGGUUUCGACCACGGGGUCACGGGCAGCACUCAUAUGGUCCCUCCAUCUGUGGCGAACACUGCCGGAAAAGCGUCCUCGCCUCGGUCCUUUGACCCCUCGAUACCUGUAGCAGGCGGCAACGGCGGCCAGCAGACGUUGACCGCUAACCAUUCUCCUCUCCGUUCAUUCGCAUCAGCCCAGAGUGGUAGCAGCAGUGACCAUAGUCGUCACAGCAGUGGGUACGCCUCAUCACUGGGGCUUGGUGGCAAUGCCAACGCAUCCCACGGCGGCAGCGCCACGGGAAGUAGUACACUCGGUGGGCACGCAUACACCCCGCACCAAAGCCUGCGCAAUUCGAGCGCUUCGAACGGUCAUUUAGCUCAACAGGCAGAAGAUACCAGCGUCGAAGCAGCCAUCGCUGCUGCGACCAAGAAUGGCCAGCCUUUGACGCCCUCUGCGAUACAUGCGGCGGCUGCGGCUAUCGCUGCUUCCUCCAAUCGACCACUCCUUCGAUCUAAUUUGUCGGACAAUAGCAGCGUAGGAGGAGGUGCGAGCCUGCUGCCAGUGUCUCCAGGCUCCACAGGCAUUCCAGCGUCAAGCCUGAGCGGCGGUAUUUCGGGGACAGACGAAGUGUCGGUAUCAAGCUCGAGCACGAGCGGACCGCUCUCAGCCUCAGAUCCUCGUACACAGCUGUACAUCUCGAACUUACCCUACAGGGUGCGAUGGCAAGACUUGAAGGAUCUCAUCCGCAAGGCAGGCACAGUGCUUAGAGCAGACGUUUCCCUCACACCGGACAACCGAUCUCGUGGCUACGGCACGGUGCUGUUGGCGACUGAGGAGGAUGCAUUGCGAGCAGUAAACAUGUUCAAAGGAUUUAGCUGGCAGGGCCGGACGCUUGAGGUGCGCAUAGAUCGAUCUGGAACGCUGCUCUUGCCGACUACUCCUGUUGGGGAGGAAGGCAGCGGGCAGAGUGGUCUGCUUGAUGUUCCGAACCCUUCGAUGAGCCUGCUUCAAGGUGAUUCUCCGCAUGGUCUUAGCAACUCAGCACCCCGUGCAUCGAUCUCGCACUCUCCAAACGUUCCGUCUCCGGGCAGCGGCAUGCUGCCAUCUCCAGCUAUGCUCAACACGAUUGCAAGCGGCGGACCCGCCAACGCUGUCCCUAGUCCUGGACUUUUGGAUCCUUCAGCGGCGUCUUCUGGCUCUCAGGGACGCCAAUUGCAGCAGUACCGCCCAGAGUACCCGACAUACGACCAAUCGCAGCAGCGUUCGCACAGCGCACAAUAUCCAUCGCCACUUCCACGUCCUGCGCAGCAGCUCCCUCAUCGACAGGGCGCAUACCCUUCACCGCAGCCAUAUCACAGACAGCAAUAUCAGCAGGCGCACCAAGCUCAGCAGCAGUUACAGCCUCUUCAGCAGCAGCAAUCCUACGGUCAAGCUUCCGGCUCCCGCGCGCCUAGCGGUGGCUACAGCCCAGCAUUGAUUCCAUUCCUGAACAACGGGCGAUCGGCGUCUGUCUCGGGCGGUGCAGGUGCCCCGCCUAGCGCCUCUAAUGGUUGGGGCUCAGCUGGCCAACAAAGUCCUGUUCCUUCGACGUAUAAUCGUAGUGGCAGCUUCAGCGGCUUGUCGACUGCUCACAGUCAGCCCCCCGGCUACCACUCGCCUCAGCAUUUGCACCAUACCGCCACUGCUCCGCCUCCUAAUCUGAACGCUGGACUAGGCAGACCAACAGCGUAUCUUGGCCCGCCUUUACCACCUGGAAGCGCCUCUUUACCUCCCGUCAACUCGUACUACGGCCGAGUCUUGUUUGUCGGCAACUUACCCUUCCACUGUCAAUGGCAGGAUUUGAAGGAUCUCUUCAGAGCUGCAGGAAACAUACAAAGGGCAGACGUUGCGCUAACACCGGAAGGACGCAGUCGAGGUUUCGGCACGGUGCUGUUUUCAAGUCCGGAUGACGCUCAGAACGCAGUUCGGAUCUAUCAUGGGUGGGUUUCCUCGCGCGCGAUCACGCCUACCUUGCAUAUCUUAUCCACUGACGCGACUACACUUGCGUUCUGUAGGUACGAGUACAGUGGACGGACCCUCAAAGUCCACUUUGAUCGAUUUGCGCAGAUGACAGCUCCUGCUCCUGGUCAGCUGCCAGCUACGCCAUCGCAGUAUACAGGUGCUUUCAGCUCGGCCAACCCACCUAGUGCUCCAGUCGCGCAGACCCAACCAAAAGCUCCGCCCACAAAUUUGAUGGCGCAGGCUGCGAAAGCGCCCAUCCUCACGCAGCAACCCAGCCCUGGCUACGCUGGAGCUCACAUCGGGCAAGCAGGGGGAGGCUACCACAUCCAGUCCCACGAGCAGAAUCAACAGCAGCAGCAGCACCAAUACGUGCUGCAGCAGAGAUCUGUGCAGCAACAGCAGCAAGCCCAACAUUUCCAACGCCAGCAGCAAGGCCCAUUCGACUACGCAUCCCAAGGGCACAAUUCAGACCAGUCUGGAUCUUACGGUCCCCGCGCUGCGCAGCAACAGGCGCACAACGCGAACUUGGGGGGAGGCAAUCCCUAUGGCAAUUUCUCGUCUUUGGGUUAUGCGGGCGAUCAAUCCCAGGAGUAUGGCGGACAAUACCAAGUCCAGGCUCAAAGCUCUCAGAACGGCUCAGGAGCAGCGCGGCCCGGUCACAUCGCCAUGCCUGCCAAUAACUUCUUCGCUGUUGGGCCUCUCUCGCCCGCUGUCGCCCCUCCCGUGGGAGGCCAAGCGCAGCGUCAGACCGUCCCGUCCAUUCCGAUGACGCCAGGCAUGCCCAACUUUACCUUUGUGCCCAUUCCGCAAACACCUCCAGCGUAUCCUCAUCACAUGCUCAGUCCAGGCUUUGGGCCCUUCAGUCCAGGUCUUGCGUCUCCGCACAUGGGAGGACCUGCCACCCCUGGCGCGGGGUCAGCUGCAUUCAACCCCAUCAUCAACCCUGCUCCUGGUGCCCAACUCAAUGCCGGCUAUAAUCCGUUGUUCCCUCCUGUCGGCUUUCAACAACCUCAAGGUCUACCGCAGACCCCCCACUGGUCCACGGACACGUCUUUGCACCAGCAGAGGCGUGGCAGACCGUCGCACAAUCAGACGCAGCCUCAAAUUCCGGGCGAGGUCGAGCGUCAGAGGCUUGAGGAAGCCACUACUCCGAGCGCGAAUCCAGACAUGGGCAGGGCUGCAGCAGUCGAGCCAUCUGAGCAAGCGAAGGUCGCGGACGCCGAAGAUACCAAGCCUCCUCCAGAUGAGGGCUAUCCAUUUCCUCUUGUGCAGCCGCACCUGGCCUCUUCUCUGUUGCAGCGGCGAGCCAGCACGAAUUCGCCAGCCGGAUCUCCAUUGCCCGGAGGUCCAGGCAAGAGCAUCCAGUCAGGCUCGCAAGCUGGAUUGACUGCAGCCGAGAAUGAUGGCCAAACUGCAGACCGUCGCGGCUCGUUUGACUUGCGGCAAUUGGCCUCUGGAGACAAAUCUGUGCUCACCGGUCUGGGCCUACCGAGCGCCAACACCGAGGAACUGACGCGGGCGAUCGCGCGCAUGAGCGUUCAAGGCACCGCUUUAGCCAAGGGAGUCGGGUCCGCUUCCGGCGCUGCUGCUUCCUUCAGCGCAACUCCACCAUCUGCCGGAUCGGUGUCGAGCACGUCAGACCGCCCGAGACAUCCUUUGGCCGAGCAACUGAGCUCCACCGAUCUGCAGACCUCAGCUGUCGGAAACGGCACUGGGGUCUCUGGAAGCGCUCUUGCGGACACUCCUAGCGCGGACGGAAGCGCUGCUGGCACGCCAGGCACGCGUUUGCCGUGA